AUGAAAGAGUAUGUGGUUCCGACGCGCCUCCGCCCAUCUCCGCCGUGCGAACCCAACCGGAGCUUCAAGGCUGGCGAUGAGGUUGACGUCUUCAGAGAAAGCGAAGGUUGCUGGGUUAGAGGCAAAGUGACGGCCGAUCUUGGAGAUUCAAGGUACAUUGUGGGGUUUCAUGGAAAUAAUCGUCCAGAAACAGAGGUUGAUCACUUUAAUCUGAGGCUGCAUCGUGGAUGGGAAGAUGGAGUUUGGGUACCGUCUUCUCUUCCACAGCUGUUAUUUGUCCUACAAACAUAUCAAUAUGAGAAGGAGGCUAUUGUGGAAGUCACAAGUGAAGAUGAUGAAGCUUACAAGGGUUCUUGGUAUUGUGCUCGUGUAGUUAGUGUACUAGAGGCUCAGAACAUGAGACCAGUUCCUCCUCAAGCACUCUCGUCUGUUGCGUGCUAUGAAACAGGAGAUGAAGUUGAUGCUUGGUUCAACAAACGGUGGUCGAUCGGUAGGGUCUCUAAAGUACUCGGCAAUGAUCUAGAGAACUUUAUUGAACUCGUAGAUAAACCCUGUUCUUGA